AUGGCAAAAUAUAAGAAUACCUAUCAAUCGGUAGACCGGAGUGAUUAUAGUGAGGGAGAAUCUUCUAGAUCAACGAGAAGUCUCCACGAAACAACGGAUGAAAUGCCAGACGAUAACUGGCUCCCGCGUCUUCCAUUGAGACGUCCGUAUAACCCAUCACUUCCCCUAGUACCCUGGGUCACUGCCAAUUCAUCAAUGGACCUUCCAGAGCUUCAAGCCUCCACUGGGUUACUUUUUGCAAAGAUCUGCAGAUACUCCAUCACCCCCGAAAUGAAACAGGCCAUGCAUGUUUUCGAUGCCGUUAUCGACUUGUCGAGGACUCUGAUGAAGCACUAUGAUGUCCUUUUCAAGCUUAGUCUUCCGGAUUUGGAUGGCCCCGUGAAGCCCACUAAGGAUUUGCCUCUGCUGAUCAACUCCUUCCUGCCAAGCCUGCUCAUCAUGAGCGAGCUCGCAUACACAUAUCUCCUCCAGCAACGCUCAAGCCGCACCGACGGGAGGAUCACUCCUCUAGAGCUCUUCAUUAUUGCAACGGGCUUGCAAAUAAUCAGGAAAAAGAUCUACCCUUAUCUGCGCAUCUCCGUAAACCUCCUUUACGCGGUGGAGCAUUCAGCCAAUGAGCGGAACCGCUCGUAUAACUUUAGACAACUCUGGCUCCUUUCCUAUGAAUCGAAGGUCCAGUUGGAUAUGCCAUGGAGCGAGUUACAAGCAUUUAAGGAGGAGAUGCUGGAUCGCCCAAUUAUUGUUAGACCCGAAAAGCAAAACUUGAAACGCGGUUAUCAAAUCUGGCAAGCACCUCACCUCUGUGUCAAUUGUCCGCCUCAGACACUUCCGGCGUUACUGGACAGCUUGGAUGAUUCGUUGAAUAUCAUGUUCGACCAUGUUCGUCCAUACUACCUGUUCUCGGGCGGACUGGAUGAUAACCCAUUCCUUAGACUCCCGGAGCUCCCUUCCGGAUGUCGUCCGCCAACAGUGUACAACCACGCACAUUGUUACCACCAGGAGAUGCUCGAAGGCUUAUCCGAUGACUGGUAUCCCACUCGGCUCGAUGGUGGACGAAACGGCCACCCUCACGAAAGACCAGAUCUUCAUGGACGUGUUGCAGGAUGUAUCGGAGGUCCGACUUGGUUCCACCCUCUUCACUUUGGGAUCCAACCUAUGCCAUAUCGUAAAAAGAUUCUGAACGUCGGUCAUAGCGCCCCCACUACCGCUAUCAAUUCAGAGUGUGUCGCGCCUGUCCAGCCUGACGACCCUCUACGCGAUACGGGGGUUCUUGAGCGUAGUUUGUCUAGAAACCUCCCAACAGUUAUGAAUAGAGCGCGUAAGUGGAUGACUACACUUCAUUACGGACAUCCUGCAAUUGCGACCUAUUAUCCGGAACCCACCAACGAGGGCGCAGGUACGGUGGUCGGUGGUAGUAGCAACUCUACUGCGAGCAAUAGGGUCGACAAUUUAUCAACUAAGGUUGCUUUGUCGGCGGUUCUUGGCGAUUACCCUCCUCCCCGUGCGGAAAGGUUGAGGCUGAGGCAUGUCAAGAGUCGCAGACGUGCAUCUGGGGGGAGGUAA